AUUUUUGGGAUGAUCCAUAUCUAUUCCGAAUUUGUGCUGACCAGGUGGUGAGAAGAUGUGUUACUGAAGCUGAGGGAAGAGACAUACUGAAACAUUGUCACAGCGGUCCUACUGGGGGCCACUUUUCAGGGAAUAGAACUGCCAGACGGGUUCUGGACUGUGGGUACUUCUGGCCCACGAUUUUUAAAGAUGCUAAUGUAUUUGUUUCCUCGUGUGAUAAUUGUCAGCGAAUCGGGAACAUUUCUGGGCGCAAUGAGAUGCCCCAACACUAUAUAUUACCUUGUGAGGUAUUUGAUGUUUGGGGCAUCGACUUUGUUGGACCUUUUCCCAGCUCAAGAGGGAACAAAUACAUUCUUGUGGCCAUUGAUUAUGUUUCUAAGUGGGUUGAAGCUCAGGCCUGCGUCACCAACGACUCUCGAAUAGUCGUGAAUUUUCUGAAAAAGUUGUUUACGAGGUUUGGUGUGCCUAGGGUUUUGAUCAGUGAUAGAGGGACUCAUUUUCAUAAUGACCCUAUGGCCCGACUUUUGGCCAAAUAUGGAGUCCAGCACCGAAGCGGAGUAGCGUACCACCCCCAGACUCAGGGGCAGGUUGAGAACACUAACAGGGAUUUGAAGUCCAUUUUAGAGAAAACUGUUGCCCAGACCAGGAAAGACUGGUCAACUAAACUUGACGACGCACUUUGGGCAUUUCGAACCGCAUACAAAACCCCGAUUGGAACCACUCCAUUUCGCCUAGUAUACGGGAAGUCUUGCCACCUACCCGUUGAACUCGAACAUAAAGCACUUUGGGCGAUGAAAAAUGUGUGUUUCAAACUUGACGCUGCAGGAAAAGAACGAUUUUACCAGCUAAAUGAACUGGAAGAGUGGAGAGCGCAAGCUUUUCAUAAUUCCAAACUCUACAAAGAACGGGCCAAACUCUAUCAUGAUCAACACAUCAAGGCCCGUGGUUUCAAUGCUGGGGACAAGGUGUUACUGUUCAACUCCCGGUUAAAACUUUUUCCGGGAAAACUGAAAUCAAGAUGGUCCGGACCGUUCACGGUCGUGAAAACUUACCCCUAUGGCACCAUCGAGAUCGAAAAUGCAAGCGGGGGUCCCUUUAAGGUCAAUGGCCACCAACUCAAACUUUACCACGGUGGCCCGGUCGAAAAAAGCAAGGAGAUUCUCUAUCUCCAGAAAUUUUGAACCAAAGGAGGAAAUUCGUCAAGCUAGUGACGUUAAAGAAGCGCUCAUUGGGAGGCAUCCCCCAAAAAAAAAACAAAAAAAAAAAAAAAACAAAAAAAAAAAAAAAAAAAAUAAACUAACCUAAAAAAAAAAAUGUUAUUUUGUUUUUUUUUUUUGCAGAUGUCUGGAGGAGGAAGCGACGAUCCCAUCUUUCAGGAGCCACCACUGGCUAGGCAUGACCCAGUGCACGUACCAGAUAUCCCAUUCGCUACUGAUGCUGACCGCACACGCUUCCAGACGUGGGGGCAGUACCGCACCCUUCUAGCUCCCAUGAUCCUGGAUAAGAGGAUGCUCGAGGAAUGGGGAUACUGGGCCGACAUUGAUGCUCUACUAGGAGAUUCCUUGUGGCG